UAACGUUCUCAUUUCUUCGGAGACCCACUUCCUCUGUGCGCCCGUAGUAACCAUUAAGAGAGCUUUCGCCUGUUCGAUCUCUCUCUCUCUCUCUCUACUGCGGCCGAUCAGUCUACACUUGUUCCGACUUGCGAAUCUCUGUGAAUCUUAAUCGAUUGAAGUGCACUUUGAGGAGAAAGAAAGAGAUAGCAGAAGCGAGAAGAAGAGCGCGAAGCUUCUGAUUUUGGUACUUGUUUCUGUGUAAGGUUACAAAUCCAGAUGGAUCGGUGGACAGAACCAUCGAUUACUGUAUCCUAUCUUGUUUCUUUUCCCCGUAUCUGCUGAUGACCUCUGUUUUCAUAUAAGAAAAUGGGAGUUGAGAAAGAAGGUUUGAAAAGUGGAGUUGGAGGAUUCUUCCAGUUGUUUGAUUGGAGUGCUAAAUCGCGGAAGAGAUUGUUCUCUAGCAAACCGGACGUACAAGAGCGUUCUAGACAAGGGAAUAGAAGUGCUGGAAACUCUCCAUUGUCACAGGUUCAUCUGAUAGAUUUGGAUGAAUGUGGAAAAAGGAAAAGUAUUAGAGGAAGCAGUGAUUAUAGUUGUUCUUCAUCUGUGACUGAAGAUGAAGGAUACGGAGUUAAGGCCCCUGGGGUAGUCGCUAGGCUUAUGGGAUUAGAUUCACUACCGUCAUCCCAUUUUUCAGAGUCCUACUUUGCCCCAUCAUUUGAUACUCAGUCUCUUCAAGAAGCUCACAGUCAUAGGGGAAGUUUCAAUUAUGGUCAUGACCGCCAAAUCAUGUUCUCUGGUAAUUUGCUUGAUCAGGUUGAUGACCGUGCAGCUGCCCUUGCCAGGAAACCUUCAGAACCAAAACCUCAGAAAACUCUCAGCAGGCCAAUAGAGAAGUUCCAAACAGAAAUCCUCCCUCCUAAAUCAGCAAAAUCAAUUCCAAUUACUCACCAUAAGCUUUUGUCCCCUAUUAAGAGUCCUGCUUUCAUACCAAGUAAGAAUGCUGCUCUCAUAAUGGAAGCUGCUGCAAAAAUAAUAGAUUCUGGACCUUCAGCAACUACCAAGAGUAAAAUGUCUCUGAUUGGAUCUUCUUCAGUACCCUUGAAAUUACAAGCUCCAAAAGAAAAGAUAGAUAUACCACAAAGACUGCCUUCAGUUAGGUCCUCUUCAGUUAGCUUGAAGGUCAAAGAAUUAAAAGAAAGGACCGAAGCCUCUCAUAAAUCAACCAGGUUUCUUGAAACUUCUAGAAAGCCGACUGAAUCAAAUGCUUCCAGGCUUUUGAAGGGACAAUCUAUGAACAAAAGCUGGGAUGGAUCUCAAGAUACAUCAUCAUUCAAGGUCUUACCUGAUGUGGAACACGGUUCAAAGAACAAGGGAAAAUCCAUAUCACUUGCAAUACAAGCAAAAGUUAAUGUACAAAGAAGAGAAAAUGUGAAUACCGAUAGCCAUAGAAAUUUUACCGGCCAGAAACAACAGACUGAGGUCAAGUCAAGCCAGCCCUUUAAGACACAGACAAACACUAGGAAAAAUCUGCAUGUGCAAUCCUCUGCUUGCAAUGCUUCUUGUAACCAGCCUCUCAAGCAGAACAACCAGAAACAAAACUGCCAUGUUGAUAGAGUAAAAUCAAAGAACUCAAGUUCCAACACUGAGGGCCAGAAACCGCUUACUGGAGAUUCGUCUUUUGGACGUCGAAGAAAUGUAGGACGAGCUGUCGUUGGCUCAAGAGUUGGUGUCAGGAAGUCAGCCUUAGAAACAUCUGACAGGGAAAAGGAAGACUUGAAUUCUAAUGCAAAAAAUCUCCCUAGGAAGAAACGGUCAAUAGAUAGAGAUCAACGCUUUGACAAGAAACAGGCCACGGAGAAUAUGUUAAAUGAUAAAAACCAGAUGUCAGUUCAUUCAAAUAAUAUUGUUGAUAGAUCUUCUAGUAGUUUGGCUCAAGAAUGCAGAAAAAAUGGCACAGAUGUUGUUUCUUUUACAUUUACUGCACCACUUACAAGGAAGGUGCCCGGAUCUGACACUUCUGGGCACAUUGAAUCAAAAUUUAAAGGGUCGCUUGGACCAGAUAGUUUGAAGUCAUCCUCAAUGGAGUGCAAUAUUAUUGGAGAAAAUACCUUGAGUGCACUUUUAGAGCAGAAGCUAAGAGAAUUGAUUGACAAGGUCGAGUCCCCUAGCCUUGGAUCCAUCGUUGGGGGAUCUGAGAGUUCUUGUUUAUCGACGUCUGAUUAUCUUUCACACUCUCUUGAUACACUCGAUACAAUGUCAUCAGAGUUGAAUGAGAGGAACCAACACAGUAGUUCUGUUCACAGCAAGCCUGCUGCCCAAUAUAAUUUUGAUUGCGCUUCAACUGAUUCUUUGUCACAAGGAUUAAAGCAUGAAUUCCCGUUAGUUGAUGAGAUUGAAGAAUGUAGCAGCAGUAAUAGUAUUGUUUCUCACACUGGGCAGUCGCUCAAAGUUCGACAUCCGAGUCCCGUCUCGAUUCUCGAUCAUUCGUUUUCUUCAGAAAGCUGUGACUCAUCAGAUAGUAACAGCAGAGAAGGAAACAAGCUUUGUUCUUCAGUCCAAGGUCAAGAUGUUCUUGGCAUAGGUUUCUUCAAGUUUAAUCCAGUUACUGCUGACACAGAGUUACUAGAUUCUGCAUCCUCCAUAACCGACGAAGCUUCAGCCAGUAAGUUCACUGCUUCAUCUACCUCAAAAGGUACGAAACGACAGAUCGAAUGGGAACUUGAAUACAUAACGGAUAUACUCAGCAAUGUGGAGUUGAUGUUUAAGGACUAUGUAUUGGGGCGUUCUCAUGAAGUUAUAAAUCCUUAUCUAUUCAAUAUAUUAGAGAAUCGAAACAAAGGAUCGGGACAAAGCUGCGACGAAUUGAGGCUUAGACGGAAGGCGUUAUUUGAUUGUGUUCGUGAAUGUUUGGACUUGAGAUGUAGACAGUAUGUAGGUGGAGGAUUUAAAAUGUGGGAGAAAGGAGUGGGAGUUUUGGGAAGAAAGGAGCAGUUAGCCAAAGAGGUUGUGAAGGAGAUUUCAGAUUGGAGAGGAAUGAGGGAUUGUAUGGUGGAUGAACUGGUAGAUAAGGACAUGAGUUGCUGGUAUGGAAGAUGGAUGGACUUCGACGUUGAUGCGUUUACGAUCGGAGUCGAAGUCGAGACUCAAAUUCUCGAUUCUUUAGUUGAAGAAGUGCUUGCUGAUAUUGUGCUUCCUUGAAUUAAACUCAGCCAACCAUCUUUUCCAGGUCACGAGGGUGGUACUAGAAGAAUCUUCGACUCUAUGGAACAUGAAAUUGGGUGAGAUAAAAUAAUUAUUGUCCGGGGGGACACUGGUCAUUUUCAAGGACAGUACUUUGACCUUAUUACAGCAAAUUUGAAGAGCCUAUUGACCUUAUUCCUUUCCCCAUUGGGAGGUAGUAUUAUAUUUAGCCCUUAACCUAAAACCCCAUCAUCUUCCCACUCCCAAUUC